AUGUCUCUCGAGACACGUUCGAGCUCGGCCCUGUUCAAGCGAGCCGAACAGCUCAAGCGUUGGGAGCAGUCCGAGACGAAUCGUGAACCCACGGAACCGCGCCAAGUCGCGCGCAAGAUCAAGUUCUCCGCUGAUAUCGUGUUCCUGGCGGCGUGCGCGGCCAGCGACAAGGAGGAGGUCGUGCGUCUACUGCAGAGGGGAGCGGACAUCAACACUGGAAACGUCGACGGCCUCACCGCGUUGCACCAGGCUUGCAUUGAUGAUGACCUGGAUAUGGUGGAGUUUUUGGUGGAACAAGGAGCGGAUAUCAAUCGUGGAGAUAAUGAAGGCUGGACGCCCUUACAUGCCACAGCAUCUUGUGGAUUUAUAUCUAUUGCAAAAUACUUAAUAGAACAAGGAUGUAAUCUGGCAGCAGUAAACAAUGACGGUGAACUGGCGCUGGAUAUUGCAGAAAGCGACGAGAUGGAAGACAUGCUCCAACAGCAUAUAAAUAAAGCAGGCAUCGAUUGUGAUCAAGCUAGGAGCGAAGAGGAACAUUCAAUGCUGAAUGAUGCAAAAGCUUGGCGGUCAGGUGCACCAAGCAAAGAUUCCAUGCAUCCGAGAUCAGGAGCCACGGCACUUCAUGUCGCUGCUGCCAAAGGCUACAUCAAAGUCAUGCACAUAUUACUACAAGCUCGAUGCAAUGUUGAUGCACAGGACUUUGAUGGAUGGACGCCUUUGCAUGGUGCGGCACAUUGGGGUCAACUGGAAGCUUGCAAACUUCUUGUUGAAAACGGCUGUGAUAUGGAUAUGAAAAAUUACGCCGAUCAAACUGCUUUUGAUAUUGCUGAUGCAGACAUCCUUAAAGCUCUUGAAAAUUUGAGAGAGCAACAAGCACUUAUCAAAGAAAAUUCACAAACAAAUAACAAGAAGCAAUCGUCUAUACCAAAGAAACGUUUCUCAACGAGUGCUGAUAAUGCGGUAGCGGCACAAGAAUCUACAGAAAUCUUUGAAGAAGAAACGCCAAAUAAAGUUAAGAAGGUUGAAUUAGAGAUUCAAUCUGAUAAAGAAGAUUCCAGCACUAGUACAAACAGCGACGUUGAAGCAACACGUGAAACACACAUGGAAGAGAGUGAUGGUGAAGGUGAAUCUGAGACUAGCUCAGAAUCACACUCUUCCACUUUCUCCAAUCAAUCUGAUAAGUCUAACCACGCGACAUGUCUUACAGAUGACGAAAAGAAAAAUAGAGUAAACAAAGAUGAAAAUGCACCCCAUAGUCCAAUAUCUCCAGUUGAAACUAAUAAAGUUCCUAAUCAGGCUCCAAUUUUGCCUCCAAAACAACAGACUGAUAAUAAUGAGGACGGUGUUGUACCAUCUUGGAGACGUUCAGGUUCCUUCCGAAAUAGAAUGCAAAGUACUGAAACUACUAAUUCUGCAUCUACAAAACUUGAAGAUAAGGAUAACAAUAUUAAAAUACCAACAACACCAAACAAAGUUAGUGGAGAACCCGAUGUGGUAUUAAGAAGAACACAUAGUUUCGAAACAGAUGAAAAGUUUUAUGAGCAGUAUUUGGCAUUACGUGCCCGCAUCAAGGCGUUCUCGUGCCCUACCCUCCAUCGCUGCAAUGCAGCUACUCCUACUCACACCAAUGCUACGACUCGCUCUGCAUCUCUACGCGAAACACACAGAAAAAAAGACGUAAAAUUAAAUUUGGAAUUAUCAAGACUGCCACAAGGAAGCAAUACACUUUCACCAACAUCUGCAUCUAAAACAUUGGCAUCGAGUCUAUUAUCAUCUAUCACAACAACUACCACUGCCACUACAACAACAAGUCCUAUUCCAGUCAAUCAAAUUCGCAGUGUUCAACCAGUGGAAGCUGCAUCUACAGUUAUAUCGAAUACAAAUAAUGCAGUAACAACUGCUCCUGGAACUCCCACUACACCAGGAGGGAGCAAGCUAAGUCCAGGAAAUCUCUUCAAGAAUUUCUUCAAAUCCUUCGUUCCACCUGUACGCGAUGAAGAAAGUGAAACCCAAAGAAAAGCUCAUGCAAAGAGAGUAAGAGAAACCAGAAGAUCUACUCAAGGUGUGACAUUAGACGAGAUUAAGAGCGCGGAACAAUUAGUAAAGAAAAAGCAACAGAACAACGAAUUGCCGACAUCAACACCAUCCACGCAGCCUCCUAUUACUACUUCUACUACUACUACUACUACUACUACUAUUACUACUACUACCACCACCACCGUCAGCAAUACAGCUUCGAUCACAGCUACGAUAACAACCGCAACCUCCACUACUGUGACUCCUGCGAAUAAAGUUUCUGAAGAAUCUAAUUUACCUGAGAGACGACCGUCUUGGAGAUUAAGGGUAGAUAAUGGAAGCAAGUUUCAGUUAGAGGAUGCUAACAAUAAACCUAUUGAUAAUACAACGGCCUAUAUGAGAAGACCAUCUGGUGGAACUGGUGUACCCAGACCAUCAUCAGCACCCGUGGAAACUAUUGCCACUAGUAGUACAGAAGCCACAGUUACUUUACCCCUUAGGAGAUCGUUAAAGCAACCUGAUGAUAAAGAACAAGAUAAGGAAAAUGACAGUAGAAACGCACAAGCUACACAAGCAGUUAUUCAAAGGAGACGUCGGCCUAAGAGAAGAUUUAUAGAGUUAAAUGAAAUUGAUCCAGAAAAGCAAGAUCUAACUGCUGGUGGUGAUUGCGAUGAUUCCAAAAUCAAUCACAACGAAGGAGCACACACUAAGCCAACAACAGCUGCAGGCUUACGAGCUCAAGCGUCAACAAAUGGGCAAUCAAUUUAUGGAAACAGGUCACGGAUCGGUGGUUUGCUCUCGUUAAAUCCAAAUAAUUUAACAUUUAACGCAGGAUUAUUGGGCGUAAAAACCCCAAAUCUAUAUUCCGGAUCUAAUUUUUUGAAUAAGAAUAAGAAGAGUAGCGACCUAUUUCGAACAAAUACUUUCACGAAGUCUACGAACAGUCCGAAUUAUCAUCAGAAUCUUUUCACGACAUAUGGUGGAACGUCAACGGGAUAUGGUGGUGUGACUUUACCUUCUCACACAGCUGUCAAUCCUUUAAAUCUGAGUCCAUCUCCCAGUUAUAACUAUUUAAACCUAAACGUAAACACUCGGCCACAUGUGCGCAAAACCGAGAGUUUUAAUAGAUCGAAGGUAAAACCGAGUCUUAAUAUCGGUUCGCGAAGUUCCAGUCUGCAAAGUUUAACUAGUUCUGAGGGAUAUGCUAGCGGAAACGAUCGUUCUGGAAGAGCCACUAGAUUAGGUUCGAUAUCUUCGCUAUCAUCAGAAGCCUCAUCAACACCAAUCAGAUUAAAAUCCAAUAGUUCCGAAAACGGUGAAUUAGAUUAUAAAAAAUUGUACGAGGAAUCUCAGGUCGAAAAUGAAAGGUUAAAGGAUAAACUGAAGCGCUCCGACGAACAAUUAAAGGAAGUCAGGCAUUUAUUGGAAAAAACGCAAAUCAACCAAAAUAAAGUAAUUCUCUCUGAGGCAGAGAAAAGGGAAAGGCGAGCCAUGGAGAGGAAACUUUCAGAGAUGGAAGAAGAAUUAAAGGUGAUGGACCAACUAAAAUGCGAAAAUCAGAGGCUAAAAGAUGAAAAUGGUGCCUUGAUCAGAGUAAUCAGCAAAUUGUCCAAAUAAAUCUUGUAGUCUCAACUACACCUCGUAAUGAAAUUUUAAGUUGUAUUACAACAAUGUUGAAUGAAUUGCUUUAAUUAUAGCAGCAUCAUCAUUAUCACUAGUAUUCUUACAAAAAUGCAUCAUGCUAUCGAUGAAUUUAUCUUUAUAGUAAUUUAACUUAUUCCAAUUAUGAGAUCAAUUAAUCGCAUGGCUGUGCCAAAGGCGAAAAGAAAUGUUACUCCUAUUCUUAGACUGUGAAUACUUGAUUGUAAAAGACUUAGAAAAAUUUUACUUUGUGGAAUUACUUUUUAUAAUAUCAGAAAGAUAAAUUUUA